GGCCCGCGCCCGCCCCGCUGCCACCGCCGCCGCCGCAGCAGCGCCCGCACAACUUUCGCGCCGCCGCCCCGCGCCAGCUGCCCGCCCGGCGCCCUGCACCCUCCGGCUGGUUAGGACGCCGCGCUGCAGGCAGGAUGGCUAAAGGUGACCCCAAGAAACCAAAGGGCAAGAUGUCUGCUUAUGCCUUCUUUGUGCAGACGUGCAGAGAGGAGCACAAGAAGAAGAACCCAGAGGUCCCUGUCAAUUUUGCAGAAUUCUCCAAGAAGUGUUCUGAGAGGUGGAAGACAAUGUCUGGGAAAGAGAAGUCUAAAUUUGAUGAAAUGGCAAAGGCGGAUAAAGUCCGCUAUGAUCGGGAAAUGAAGGAUUACGGACCUGCGAAGGGGGGCAAGAAGAAGAAGGACCCCAAUGCCCCCAAGAGGCCACCGUCUGGAUUCUUCCUGUUCUGUUCUGAAUUCCGCCCCAAGAUCAAGUCCACGAACCCUGGCAUCUCCAUUGGGGAUGUGGCAAAGAAGCUGGGCGAGAUGUGGAAUAACUUGAGUGACAGUGAGAAACAGCCUUAUAACAACAAGGCAGCCAAACUGAAGGAGAAGUAUGAGAAGGAUGUCGCUGACUAUAAAUCAAAAGGGAAGUUUGAUGGAGCAAAGGGUCCCGCGAAAGUUGCAAGGAAAAAGGUGGAAGAGGAAGAUGAAGAGGAGGAGGAGGAGGAAGAGGAGGAGGAAGAGGAGGAGGAGGAUGAAUAAACUGUUUUCUGUCUCCUUGUGAAUACCUUAGAGUAGGGAGCGCCGAAAUCAACACCUCCCCGUGUUUUGCCCUCAUUAGGUUUAAUUACACAAUCGGAUCAUGAUCAUAUUGUAGUCUCUCAAAGUGCUAUAGAAAUUGUCAGUGGUUUACAUGAAGUGGCCAUGGGUGUCUAGUGCACCUGGAAACUGUAUCAAAGUUGUACAUAUUUCCAAACAUUUUUAAAAUGAAAAAAAAAAAAGGCUCUCGUGUUCUCACUCUGUGCACUUUGCUGUUGGUGUGACAAGGCAUUUCUUUUUAUUUGUAAGGUGGUGUGAACUAUAUGGUUAUUGGCUAGAACUCCUGCGUUAUCAGCUGUACAUAUCUAUAGUUUGUAAAAAGAACAAAACAACCGAGACCAACUCUUGCUGCUCCUUGCUUGGCAUUUUCAGCUGCGGGAAGCUGCCUUUGGUGGGGGGCAGGGCUGCACUGUGAGGUGGACCUCUGGGUACUGCAGUGGGUGUCCAUUUAGUUGCAGGUUGUCUUGUUUGUAUGUAUAGUGAGUGACCUAGCAUUCUACUGCCAUCCUUAGCUGUGGAAAAGGGGUCAGCUGGCAUGAGAAGUGUUUGGGUUUUUCCUUUACGUUCAAGUGCUUUAGUUUUAAGCUUGUUUGGUUUUUGAAGCAAACUGUAGAACUCUUCAUUGUCAGCAAAGCGAAAAGCCACUACAUCCAUGAAAGUUCAAGAACCUUCUGUACUAAACCAUUCGCAAUGUCCUGUUAUUUCUUUUCUGUAUGUUUAGAAUGCUGAAAUGUUUUUGAAGUUAAAUAAACAGUAUUACAUUUUUAAAA